AUGGAGCAGCGCCCUAUCGUCGCAUCGCGGCAGCAGCCGGUCAGGGCGGGCCGCCGCCAGGCCGUGAUCGAGGCCCGCAAGGUGGCGGUGCUGGGCGCCGCGGGCGGCAUCGGCCAGCCGCUGAGCCUGCUGCUGAAGAUGAACCGCAUGGUGACGGAGCUGGCGCUGUACGAUAUCGCCAACGUGGCGGGCGUGGCGGCAGACCUGAGCCACUGCAACACCAACACAAAGGUCACCGGGUACACCGGCGCCGAGGAGCUGGCGGGCGCGCUCAAGGGCGCCGAGCUGGUGGUGAUCCCCGCGGGCGUGCCGCGCAAGCCGGGCAUGACCCGCGACGACCUCUUCAACAUCAACGCUGGCAUCGUGAAGACACUGUGCGAGGGCGUGGCCGCCAGCUGCCCCGACGCCAUCAUCGCCAUCAUCAGCAACCCCGUCAACUCCACAGUGCCCAUCUGCGCGGAGGUGCUGAAGAAGGCGGGCGUGUACAACCCGCGCAAGGUGAUGGGCGUGACCACGCUGGACGUGGUGCGGGCUAACACCUUUGUGGCUGAGGCCAAGGGGCUGGACACCAAGGAUGUGGAUGUGCCCGUCAUCGGCGGCCACGCCGGAGAGACCAUCCUGCCGCUGCUGAGCCAGGCCACCCCCAGGGUGCAGUUCUCGCCCGAGGAGGCCGCCAAGAUGACGGAGCGCAUCCAGAACGCGGGCACGGAGGUGGUGGAGGCCAAGGCGGGCGCCGGCUCCGCCACGCUGUCCAUGGCCUACGCGGCGGCGCGCUUUGCGGAGAGCGUGCUGCUGGGCCUGAGCGGGGAGCAGGACAUCAUCGAGUGCACCUACGUGGAGAGCGAGGUGGUGCCCGGCUUCCAGUACUUUGCCAGCAAGGUGCGCCUGGGCCCCGACGGCGUCGAGGAGUUCCUGCCGCUGGGCCCGCUGACCGCGUUUGAGCAGGAGGGGCUGGAGAAGAUGAAGGGGCUGCUGAGCAAGAACAUCGAGGCGGGUAUUGCCUUCGCCAACAAGUAA